AAGCACGAUGCGCAACCCACCGGAGACACCGCCGCUCUGCCAUUGCUGCCCGAGAUCCCCUGAUUGCCGCAGCUUCCUCAAUGGCUUGCCAAUUUCACCAGACAAAACUCCAAUUCAUCCCCCACCAUCUUCUCCCUGCUGGAACCUCGCUUCGUUGCCGCUGGAGACGCCCCAAUCCUCCACCGGCGACGACGCUGGUGAAUUCCAACUGCAUCCCUGCAGUUCCCCCACCUGAGACCCCCACCCUCCACCCCCCAUGCUGGCCUGUGCAAUCCGUCUAGAGAUUCCACCGGCGUGCCUGCUAGGGUGACCCGGCGAUCCAAAUCCAAGCUAGGAGAGGGACCCUGAGGACCCGAGUAGUUGUUUACCUCCUUUUCUGAAGGAGAUGAGGCCCCCUCAGCAAAUGCAUGGGAGACUAAAAUCAUUCUCAGUAGAAACGUCACAAGGGAUUUGGUCCAUCGAUGUAAGUUCCGUCACUAGUGCUGGACGGCCACCCGCCGAUGCUGCUCGGCAGCCACAACCAUCAGCACGACCUCAACCACAAGUUCCUUGUGAUGCUAAUAUGGUGAAAACCAAGAACAUGCCUCCAACCAGGAGUGUGCACCAAUCUCACGCUGGACCUAGCACUGGCAGGGAUCUCCAUGAAAGUGAUGAUGAUGAUGAUGCCUUCAUGGAACCCCCGCCAUGGCGUCGUGUGCUCAAGAAACAAUGCACCAAUGCAAAUGUAGCAGCCAAUGCAACUGCGAAGACUACCAAGACUCUAGUAAAGUAUGCUCAUGCUCCAACAGUUCACUGCGCCCCUUCGACAUUCAACAAAUUUGUUGACAACUUGACCCUCAACCAGCGUAUAAAGAUCAUAGAGAUGGGUUUUGGUGGCCUCCUUGGUAUAUCUGCAGAGAGGAUAGGAAGCAGAGAACUAUUGAAGUUCUUGUUCGACAGGCUAGACCCCAACAGCAUGGUAAUCGAACUUGGCAAAAAUAGGGGAAUCCAUGUGACUCCCUUUGCCGUGAAGCAAGUGCUCGGCAUACUAGAUAGUGAUGAAGAUCUACCUCUACAAACAAACAACCAUGCAUCCAAGGCUCUGUCCAAACUCAAGAUUAUGUUGGGUCUUGAAGAAUCCCAUGACCUUCACGCGAGCCAUCUCCAAAAGAUCUUGAAGGAUGAUUUAGAGCUGUGCUCUAAUUUGAUUGAUGAUGAAACGGCAAUAAGAUUUUUCUUUAUCAUUGCUUCUAACAAGCUCCUGUUUCCUAGCAUAGAUAACAACAUCAGAUGCAAGGAUAUUUACCUGACUAGGGACUUGUCUCGUUUAUCGGAUAUGAACUGGUGCAAGGCGGUUGUGGAUGACCUUAGACAUGCUGCUCAUGCAUAUCAUAUUGACAAGACAAAGAAAGGGACACCAUCGCUCCCUGGAUGUGCUAUAUUAUUGAUUAUCGAACACAUGAACACUCCUCGUGCAAAGUACUUCGAUCAAAAUGUUAUACAAAAGAUCACUUCUGCUGAUAGGACCAAGGACCAACAAGGGAAGGCUACGUUUGGGCUAUUACUGCUUAAGAGUAGCAACAAUACUUGCUACUAUACGAGCCAUCACCCAUUUUCAGAUGUGCCAGCAAACAAUGAACCAUUGGCUGCAUCUUAUUUCCCAAGUAUACUCGCAGAACUGGGUGGAUUUGUUGAUCAGAUUGAUAGCAGGACAAGGCAGUCGGAGGCAAGGGCAGCUCUGGCAAAGUUUGAUGCCAAAUCCAAGAAAGCGUCAAGCUAUAUGAACACGGGGCAACUGAUGUUACAGAAUGCACACCAGGAAGUUAUACAAAAUCUGCGGGCAAUUUUGCAGGACAAGGCACAUGGCAACAUUGGUCAAGAUCAUCAUCAUCAACCCAACACUUCUGAUACAGCUCAAGCCAAUGAUGUCAGCAUGCAUGGUAGCCAUAAUGGUCAUAACAUGGGAUCUGAACAUGUAUUUGACAAAGAGGUUCCAUCUGAAACAAGGGAAAAUGAGUUGCAUUCUGGUGGCCACCCUAAUCAGGAUAAGCCUUUGCAGUUUGCACAAAACGGGGCACGAGAACCAGAUCUGCCAAACCAUGCAACUCUGCACCAUACCCAUGAUGAAACUUUCCCUCAGACUGAUAAUGUACAUUGUGAUAAGGACAUGGAAGGUGAACCUUCACUAGUUUCCUCUCAAGUCUGACUAGUGAUCAUGUACUACCUCCUGACGUGGCUGAAGGAGACACAACAGCAGCCUUGCCAAUUACUACUCAAGCCGGUGAUGUUUAUAUGCAUGAUACUCACACUGGGCACAAUAUGGGAUUUGAACAUGAGUUUGACAUGCCAAUUCAAUUAGAAACAAGGGCAAAUGAAUUGCAUUCUGGUGACCACACCAACCAAGACAUCAACCACGCCACACCUAUGCAGUUGGAACAACACAUGGCCCUAGAAUCAGGGAUUCCAAUCCCUGUAGCGUAGCACAAUAGCAAUGACGAUAGUUUCCCUCGUUCUGAUAAUCACAAUAUACAGGAUGAUAAGGAAAUUGAAGACGAACCUUCACCUAUCUGUUCUCAGGUUCCCAUAAAUGUAACCAUUGAUCAACUCAUGCCUCCUAUUGCAGCUGAAGGAGCUACUGGCCCAGACAUUGCUGGCAUUGCAGGAAGCCAUCAUAAUGCUGAUGCUGCAACCUCAAACUACAGUGUGACUAUACGAACACCAGGUGUUGUUUUGGACACCGACGAUACAGAACCAUAUCAG